GGCACAAAAGGCUUCAAAUAAAUAAAAUUCUUGUUAAAUUAACUAAAUUACCGCAAUGGAAGAUAUAGUAUCAGGUCAAAGUAACUUAAGGAUUGCUCUUACAUCGUGUGAAGAUCCAUUAAAAGCUAUAGAAGCAUUCCAACUGAGGAAUGGAAUUGCAUUUCAGUCACUGCGCCCAAUGCUGCCAUUACUUGAUCUUCAUAUGAUCCCACGAUUAGAUUUCCAUACAUCAAUACUCGAGGAAUUGAGAGAUAAAUUGAUCCAGCAAAUAAAUGACAUGAAUACUAAAACUGAUGUUAAGGAACGAGAUAAGAAGUUAAAGGAACUGCUGAAUAAAAGUUUCGGAUUGAUUCGAGUUAAGCAACUUCGUCCAGCAGUCAUGGCAAUUUUAAAAAGUAUGAAGCAGAUUGAUGAUAAAUACUUGCGAGUUUUAGUCCGUGACCGUGAACUUUAUUCAGCAUGUGAUGUAGAAGUUAAAAGACAAAUUUGGAGAGAUAAUCAGAGCUUGUUUGGUGAUGAAGUAUCACCUGAAUUGUCUCAGUAUAUCCGUGUUAAAGACACAAUCAUUUACGAUCAUUUAAAUCUCAACAAUUUGUUCUUCUCGCCAUCACCAAAGAACAGACGUCAAGGAGAAGUUGUCCAGAAACUGGCACACAUGAUUGGAUCAUCUGUUAAGCUAUACGACAUGGUCCUUCAGUUCCUUCGAACACUCUUUUUACGUACGAGAAACGUCCAUUAUUGUACAUUACGUGCAGAACUGCUUAUGGCUCUUCAUGAUCUCGACAUUCAGGAAAUCAUCUCAGUUGAUCCAUGCCAUAAAUUUACAUGGUGCUUGGAUGCUUGCAUCAGAGAGAAGCAAGUCGAUAUUAAAAGGUCACGUGAGUUGCAAGGAUUUCUAGACAACAUUAAGCGUGGACAUGAACAAAUUUUGGGUGACUUGUCAAUGACAUUAUGUGAUCCAUACGCAAUCAAUUUCCUGGCAACAUCAGCCAUUAAGAUUUUAUUGCAUUUAGUCAGCAUUGAUGGAUUACCAAGAAGUAACCAAAUUCUGAUUUUAUUGCUACGAAUGCUGUCAUUAGGACUGUCAGCAUGGCGUAUGAUUGAUACUCAAGAUUUUAAAGAAUCAAAGUUUGACAUUCAAAUAUUGACAAAAUUCCUGCCUGCAUUAUCAUCACUUAUGGUUGAUGAUCAAGCUCGUUAUUUCCACUCUCGAUUACCACCAGACGAGCGAGCAAAUGCUUUAGUUGUAAUUGAUCACGAAGGUCCAGUUCCAGAGGCAAUUGAAGCAUAUAUCCAAGAAAGUUCUGUUGCAUCUAUUCUAACUAUGUACUAUGCACUGCAUGUAGCUAAACAAAAGGAUCGAAUUGGACUGUUGAGAAUCCUUACAAUUUUGUCAUCAUGCAAAGAUGAUCGAGCUUAUGAAGAUCCAUUCCUGCAUUCCUUAAUCGCACAUCUAAUUCCAAUGGCUGAUGAGUUUUCAAACGAAGAUUUUUGUACUGGAUUAUUUGAUGGAUUUCUAUUUGCUGGCUUAAACCGUGACAAUGUCAGCAAGCACAUCAUGAAGUUGUUGUGGUAUGUUCAUGCUAAGAUUAACAGAAUCAGAUUGAAUACUGUCCUUAAGGCAAUUGAACCAGAAUAUGUGAAUGAACUUUAUGACGCAUUAGUAAAGAAAAUUGAGCUGAUUCCCGAACCUAUGCAGAUUGAGACUAAUUAAGGUGGAAUAUAAUAGGAUUAAGGACAACUUAUGUUUUAAGCGAUUAUGUAAAUUUAUAAAAAAAAAAACUAUUAAAGUUUACCAAAAG